AUGGAAUAUGAACGGAGUUUGUGCCUUUUGCAUUCAGAUGAGGAGGAGGACAAUGAAGAUCAUUUGAAGAGAAUAUCAAUGUCUUUUAGCAUUGACAUAUUGGAUAGUUUAAAAAAGCAAAAUCGAUUCCACAGUUUAAACCAGACAGCUGCCUCAGAGCGUCAUUCUCGCACUCCAGGCGGAGGCCUUUUCAGAAAUAGCUUGUCUUUGACAGUGCCAAACAAAUUUUAUGCCGACAGUCAUCAAUAUUCCAAGCAAUUCGAUAAAUCCUACAAGAAAAUAUCAAAUGAAUAUCGCAAAAGGAACGUCACAGCUUACGAUACCUAUAACUAUAGGCCAACAAUUGCGAACUACGAGUCAGCUUAUCAUCAUAAUGAUCGCUACUCUUCAAAUCCACGUUGGCAAAACGUUAUAGGGAAUUACGCUUAUCCAAAGCCCUUCAAAUUCCACCGUAGCCAAAAGAACUAUUACGAUCCACGAUAUGAGGAACAAGAAAUAACAUAUAACAAACCCCAUAAACAUCAUUAUCAGCGCAGAGAGUCGUAUGAUGACGACAUAUUUGGCAAUGCAAGGCGUAAAGUUAUGUACAAAAAAGAAAGAGCACCACAAAAUAACUAUUUCGACGAUAACUUAGACUAUUAUAAUUGGGAUAGUGCAAGGAAGUAUAGAGACAGAUCACACAAAUCAAAGUUCCCUAAACACAAUGGUUUUGGACUAACUGCAUUCAGUGAUACUUCACGGAAUCCGCAUCGACGAAAGUCCGGUAGAGAUUAUGAACCACACAACGAUAGGAAUUAUGAAUACGAUGAUUCAGACAUGGAAGCAAACUACCAAAGUAAUUACAUUAAUAGGCCAACAUUGAGGCAAUACGAUACCAGCUACUAUAAUAACGAUCAGAUGUAUAAUAUGGCGGCACCUAGGAAAAGAAAAUCGGUGACUUUGUUGGAUCAAAGCUAUGAGAUACCAUACAAUGCACUGAAACGGACGGGGAAGAUUGAACGCAAGAGCAUAUAUCCAGAGCAACACGCGCUGUCAACGGAGGAAAUUCCCCACAAGAGAAAAUAUCCCAUGCCGCUAACAGAUCAUAGAUUCGAUUCCGAGGAGGAGAUGGAGAUGGAACCACAACCGGAACCGCCCAAACGCAGAGAGUCGGGCACUGAUGUAUGCUGGUCUAGAUGCAUAGACAAUAGUUUGCCAAGAACCUACCAAAGAUCGUCCCGCAAUUUUAAUACUUUCACGCGGCCCGAUCAUAGGCUAGAGCGUGGAUCAUGUCAGAAAUGUCGGAAAUCUCUAAAGGAAAAGAUAUCUGGUUUCUUCAAAAGAUCCAAAAGCAAAUCUCGUCGAGGAUGCAAUUCUAAGCGGAGGGGUAGUCAAUACUGUUUGGAUAAUUCCAAAUCUCUCAGCAGCUUCUCCUGCAUUGUUGUCCAAAGGAAAACACCGCACUGCAGAUCAACAACAAAGAAAACGACUAAAUGCAUACCCUAUCCAACGGUUUACAGAGACAAAAGUUACGCUCAAAUGGCAGUUGACGGGGAAAGCGAUAUUGUGUCCCAACCAUCUACUUGUCCGAAGGUAAAUUCCAAACAGUUUGAAACUGGAACUUCUAAAGCCUACCGUGAAUCUUCUAGACAAUGCGAAGCAUCGCAAGUGAAUGUUGAAUGCCAGAAUGCCAGAACAUAUGGCUCCAAAAGGGAUGUUGCAACGAGAACAUGCUGCAGGCCGGCUUCCAUGGAUGACCUUGCUGCCUCUAGGACAGCCCGCCAUAGUUCUUGCAGUGCCACAAGAAAGGAUCCCGAACGAAAGACCAGUUGUGGAGCCAGUCAAAUUAAGUACGACGAGAAGGCAGACUCUUGCUCCGAAACUUCAAUCGAUAAAAAGCCUCAGCGUAGGAAGUCCGCUUGCACUUGUUUCCUAGAUAAUGAUAAUACAGAUUGUCUAAGGGACAAUUGCUCGCGAUCUUCCUAUUCCAUGGAUGGCUCAGUUAGACCAUCAGCAUCUCCGCCAAAGAAGAAGAGUUACGUUGCUUUGUCUCCCAAUCGCAACGCAAGCUGCAAACAAAUCUCUGGCAAUGGCGAGACUGAAACACAAAUGGAGUUCGGCAAAAGGCGCUCUGUAAGCCAAAUGAAGCAGAGCACUAUUAAUGUUUGUCUGAAGAUCAGUACAGCUGAUGGUAACUUGGUGGAACCACCUCAGGUUAUAGCCACAGUCGAGCCCAAUCAAAAUCAAUUAGAUUACAAUAGGAGCAGCACUACGUUAGAAUCAAGGCUCAAACCGAAUGCCAGUGAAAAUAACUUUGCAAAUGUACGAUCUUCUCGUCGUCAUAGUCUGCAACCCAAGCCUAUAAUAUCAAAAGCUAAGAAAAGUAUUUCGCAGUACAAUGUGAAAGAAAAAGCAUCUUGUCUGGACACCCGCAGAGAUGAGCGUGAGAUACGUAGAUCAAUUUCCAAGGUGGAAUUUGCCAACACCUCGCAGUCCAAUCCCAAAGCGGAAUUCCCCAUUCCCAGAACGGAAGCUGCAGAGAUCUCUUAUCCGACAGAAAGCCCGAAGAUGAGCGACCCUUUACGACCAUCUUCUUUAAUGGAGGAACUGAAGCAGGAACUGAUGGACACGCUAAAAAACGAACAGAAGUUGCUAUGCCAAUGCCCACCUCAGUCGGCACCCAUCUCACUAUAUCCAUGUAUUCCACCAAAUAGCACUUGCCCUUGCCCCGCAUUCCCAGUCGCAACAAUUCCAUGUUGGACACCGCUCUAAGCGCAACCAAAUUGACAGUUUACCCAACAAGAUGUUUAGGCACCGAAAAUAAAUAAAUCAAAUUGUAAAUUCGAAAUAUUUAACUGAAUAAGAGAUGUGCGAAAAUUUAAA